UAAGUGUGAUAACAUUUAAAUACUUAUAUCCAAUGUAGUAAUUCUAAUUAAAUGUUUUUAAAUAAAUUAGAGAGAUAUUAUCUACGUUGUUCAUUAUAUAUUGUGAGUUUUUUUUUUAGUUAUUAUUGUAUUAAUUCUACAUGUCUGGCUUUCCGUCAUCGUAUUCGCCAAAAUCAUCACCUCGAGGAGCUAGGUCUCCUGUUGUGUCUAGACAGGAUUCCACUGGCACACUUAAAACAACUAUCUCCUUGGGUAAAAAUCCAUCAAUUGUUCACAGUGGGCCAUUUUAUCUUAUGAAAGAGCCACCAUGUGAAAGUGAAUUAACUGGCUCUGUCAAUUUGAUGGCCUAUUAUGGAUUAGAACAUACAUAUAGCAAAUUCAGUGGCAAAAGAUUAAAAGAAAGCUUAUCAUCUUUUUUACCAAAUUUACCGGGAAUUAUUGAUACACCUGGACACAAUGAUCAAAGUUCUUUACGAUCUGUUAUUGAAAAACCCCCAAUUGGAGGAAAAGAGAUUUUGCCAUUAACUACUCACCAACUAGCUGGGUUUCGAUUACAUCCAGGACCACUUCCAGAACAGUAUCGCUAUGCUAAUCAACCCCCAACUAAAAAACAUAAAAAUAAACAUAAGAAAAGUAAGUACAAAAGUGGAGAAGCACUUUCCCAAGACAUGGCAGCUAAUGAAUUAGGCUUGGGUGAUAUACACGAAAAGAAACAUAAGAAACAAAAACGCCAUGAUGACGAUAAAGAACGAAAAAAACGAAAAAAAGAAAAGAAAAAGAAAAAACAAAAACACAGUCCUGAACAUCCAGGAAAUAUUACACCUGGUCAACAUUCUAACUAAUAUAAAAAUAUGUAUUAUAAAAAAUUUCCUUUAAUUAUAUUUUGUAACUUUUAAUUUGUUUAAAAUGUUGAUAUCAUGUACAUAAAAGUAUAUAAAAAUUUUGAACAAAG